CCACCAAUCCUCCAUUGAAGUGUCUGAGCCCUUUCAAGAACUCAAAGGGUCAAUCUGUCCAUCCCCGACAAUCUCAAAUAUCUUCUUCUUCUUCUUCUUCUUCUUCUGCAACCACACCACUGCAUUUCAAUUUGGACUGGUGACAUUGCAGCAGAGCGGAGACAUUGAUUACCAGUUUCAUGGCUGCAGCUACGAGUCAUUUGAGCCUCUGUUCUUCUUCUUCAUCCGCAGCUUCCCUAUCACAGACACAAACAUGUUCUUUCUUCAAGAAAGAGGCAGAUCUGUUCAGUAGAUUUGCUGCUUUCCCUAGGAAGACGCAAUCCUCCACAUGGGUCCGUCGAGUUCGUCCAAGGAAGAGUUUCCAGCUCAAGUUCUCCUCCAAUGGCUCCCCCCUCAAUGCCGUUUCUCUGCAAGACUCUGGGAGUUCUGUGGCGAAGAAGGGACUCGGGACUCAAGAGGAAGAAGCUUCCUCAUUUCUCUACUCAGAGCCCAGAAAGGCCGAAUCCACUCUCAGCAUAACUGUGGUUGGAGCUUCCGGCGACCUUGCCAGGAAGAAGAUCUUUCCUGCCCUCUUUGCUCUCUUCUAUGAAGACUGGCUCCCCGAGAACUUCUGUGUGUGCGGUUAUGCUCGGACUAGAAUGACUGAUGAGGAGCUGAGGAACAUGAUUAGCAAGACACUCACUUGUAGAAUCGAUAAGAGGGAAAAUUGUGAAGACAAAAUGGAACAGUUCCUUAUGAGAUGCUUUUAUCACGCGGGUCAGUACAAUUCCGAGGACAACUUCAGGGAAUUAGACAUGAAGCUGAAAGAAAAGGAGGCUGGAAAACUCGCAAAUAGAUUAUUUUACCUGUCAAUACCUCCGAAUAUAUUCGUGGACGUGGUGAGGUGUGCAAGCCUCAGAGCUUCUUCAGGAGAUGGAUGGACAAGGGUCAUUGUCGAGAAGCCAUUUGGACGGGACUCGGAAUCUUCCGGUGAGCUAACGAGAUGCUUGAAGCAGUACCUAGCUGAAGAUCAGAUUUUCAGAAUUGAUCAUUACUUGGGUAAGGAGCUCGUCGAGAACCUUUCAGUUCUUCGAUUUUCAAAUCUUGUGUUCGAACCUUUAUGGUCGCGGAACUACAUCCGAAAUGUGCAACUGAUAUUUUCGGAAGAUUUUGGCAUAGAGGGACGAGGAGGUUAUUUUGAUAACUACGGAAUCAUUCGGGAUAUAAUGCAAAACCAUCUCUUGCAAAUACUGGCAUUGUUCGCGAUGGAGACACCUGUGAGCUUAGACGCCGAAGACAUCAGGAAUGAGAAGGUGAAGGUGCUGAGGUCGAUGAGACCGCUGCAACUCGAUGAUGUAAUUGUGGGCCAAUAUAAGGGCCAUAGUAAAGGCAGUAAAUCUUAUCCCGGCUAUAUCGAUGACCCAACUGUUCCGAAGAAUAGUACAACUCCAACUUUUGCAGCAGCAGCUCUUUUUAUCAACAAUGCUCGAUGGGACGGAGUCCCGUUCCUCAUGAAGGCGGGGAAGGCACUUCACACUAAGAGGGCCGAGAUUCGAGUCCAGUUCAGACAUGUCGCCGGCAACCUCUACAGAAGAAACUUUGGUACAGAUUUGGAUAAGGCAACUAAUGAGCUCGUGCUGAGGGUCCAGCCUGAUGAAGCUAUCUAUCUAAAGAUCAACAACAAGGUCCCGGGUCUCGGAAUGAGAUUAGAUUGUAGCGACCUCAACUUGCUAUACAGAGCGAGGUAUCCUAGAGAAAUACCAGAUGCAUACGAGAGGCUGUUGUUAGAUGCGAUAGAAGGAGAGAGGAGGCUGUUCAUAAGAAGCGACGAGCUUGAUGCUGCUUGGGCACUAUUUACACCUCUCCUGAAAGAGCUCGAAGACAAGAGGAUCGCUCCAGAGCUCUACCCUUACGGCAGCAGAGGACCAGUUGGGGCACAUUAUCUCGCGGCCAAGCACAACGUCCGGUGGGGAGAUCUCGGUAGUGAAGACUGAUAAGUAGCCGAAAAUCGAAGGGUGCAGUUCUUGAGAAAGUUUACCCGAUUUGCAUAUAUGAAGAUUGAGGCUCAGCGCAACAUUUCCGGGUUGCAAGUUAUUAUUGUAACUGUAAUUCAGUCUGUUUGUAUGUGAAUAAAACUGAUGGACCCUUAAUGCUACGCUUACAUGUUUAGGUUGCAGAAUAUCGAUUGUUUAUAUUUUUAGCCUUUCGAGAAAUAUGAAAAACUGUAAAAUAUUCGCGGA